AGUGGAAGUGUCAUGUAAGUUUUUUAAACUCAUAUGAUAUUAUUAAUUUUUAUGGAUUUACAGAAAAUCCAGAUACUUUAAAAUAUAUGGUAGUAAUGGAUUAUGCAAGCAAAGGUAAUUUAAGAGAAAAUUUAAUAAGAGUAAUCAACUAUAAUUGGAAACAAAAAUUAUAUAUGUUGUAUGAAAUUAUUACCGGACUUAGUGAUAUACAUGAACAACAUCUUAUUCAUUGUGAUUUUCAUGAUGGAAAUAUUUUAAAUCAUGAAGAUAAAAGUGAGGAUAAACUUUAUGUUUGUGAUUUAGGAUUAUGUCAACCUGUAAAAUCAUUAUUGAAGGAACAUAGUAUUUAUGGUGUUGUACCAUUUAUGGCACCUGAAGUAUUAAGAGGCAAAUCUUAUACUCCAGCUAGUGAUGUAUACAGUUUUUCUAUGAUUAUGUGGGAAUUUACAUCUGGAGUACCACCGUUUAAUGACAGAGCACAUGAUUUUAAACUUAGUUUAAGUAUUUGUGAAGGUGAGCGUCCUGAAAUUAUUGAAAAUACCCCACAAUGCUAUGUUGAUUUGAUGAAAAAAUGUUGGGAUGGAGAUCCGUUAAAAAGACCAUCUUCUAAAGAAGUCUUAAAUAUUAUUGGAGAAUGGAUUUUUCUUCCUUAUGAUAAGAAACUUGAAGACAUUAAUGAAGAAUUAAAAUGCAAGAUUAUGAAAUUUAUAAAUGCACCAAUUGGGUAUAACAAUCUUACUACUGAAUCUCAUCCACAAGCAUGUUGUACAAGUCGCUUACUUGAUUUUAAUAGUAAAAAAUUGAAUGAAAUUCUUGAAAGUAAAAAUUCACAAGCUAGUGUACAAGUGAGUGAAAUGCUUGUAAGUGAAGAUUUGAAUGAAUUUAUGGUUAAUUUGAAGUAAUUAGGUAUGUGAAGUAUAUAUAAUAUAGCCAAUAUGAUAUAAAAUAAAUUAAUUUACAAAUUAUUUACAUGAGAUUAAUUUUAUUCAUUUAAUAUUUAGAUAUUAAAACAAAUGAAAAUUAAACUAAUUAUUUGAGUUUUAAAAAGAUAUUAGUUUUUUUUUUUGUAAUAUUUGAUGUCAUGCAUUUAAAAUUGUUCUUUAUUUUAUUCUUUUUAGAUUUAUUUAAAUACUAAGGCUAGAGUAGCAAAAUAUUUUACAAGAUUCUUAGUUUGUAAUUUGAAUAAUUCCUUUUUUUUAUAUAUAUUUCAUCCAAAUAUUAAAUAUAUGUAUUCUCUUUUUAGAAUUAUUUAAAACAUUAGGAUUAGAGUAGUAAAUAUUUUACAAAUUUCUUAGUUUGUAAUUUAAAU